AUGGGCAACUGCGGCACUAGAGAAGAAUCUGCUGUUGUCUCCACUGCUCAAGUUCAACAACAACUUCACAUACUGUCAUCAUCAGCAUCAAUUAAACACGGUCAGUCAGACAAGAAGCAUGGCAGGUCAGUUUCAGAUCUGAGUGAUCCUACUUCAACUCCACGCAACUUUGAGGACUCAAGAAAGAAUGCCCUUCUUUAUACUCAUGUUAUAGCCUUUACUUUGUAUGAGCUUGAGACUAUUACCAAGAGUUUUCGCUCUGAUUACAUUCUUGGGGAAGGUGGAUUUGGAACUGUUUAUAAAGGCUACAUUGAUGAGAAUGUCAGGGUUGGCCUCAAAUCUCUUCCAGUUGCUGUCAAGGUUCUCAAUAAAGAGGGUCUUCAAGGCCACCGUGAAUGGCUUACGGAAGUGAAUUUUCUGGGGCAGCUUAGGCAUCCUAAUUUGGUGAAAUUGAUUGGGUAUUGUUGUGAGGAUGAUCACAGGUUACUUGUUUAUGAGUUUAUGUUCCGAGGAAGCCUUGAGAAUCAUCUAUUUCGAAAAGCAACAGCUCCAUUAUCUUGGGCCACCAGAAUGAUGAUAGCACUUGGAGCUGCUAAAGGGCUUGCUUUUCUUCACAAUGCAGAAAGGCCAGUUAUAUAUAGGGACUUCAAAACUUCUAAUAUAUUACUGGACUCUGACUAUACAGCCAAGCUUUCUGAUUUUGGGCUUGCAAAAGCUGGACCUCAAGGCGAUGAGACUCAUGUAUCAACUAGAGUGAUGGGUACCUAUGGUUAUGCUGCCCCUGAAUAUGUGAUGACUGGCCAUCUGACAGCAAGAAGCGAUGUAUACAGUUUUGGUGUAGUUCUUCUGGAACUAUUGACAGGAAGGAAGUCAGUUGACAAGACCAGACCCAGCAAGGAGCAGAGCUUGGUGGAUUGGGCCCGUCCAAAAUUGAAUGACAAGAGAAAGUUGCUGCAAAUAAUUGACCCCAGAUUGGAGAACCAGUACUCUGUAAGGGCAGCGCAGAAAGCCUGCAGCCUGGCAUACUACUGUUUGAGCCAGAAUCCAAAAGCACGGCCCUUGAUGAGUGAUGUAGUUGAAACUUUGGAACCUCUACAAUGCAGCAAGGAUGGUGCCAAUGAAGUUUCAUCAUCGCUGACCCAAACCCUAGCUGGCGGUGCAGGUGCAUUUGCUAUGGGAGGUGUCCCCGACUACCGGAUGCGUCAUAGAUUCACCAACAAUGUUGGUCCUGGUUCUAGUUGUCGAUCUCCUAAUCCAAGUUGUUCCCCAGGUGGCCCUGCAGCGUGCAGGGUUGAGGAGGCGUCUCUAUCAGCCAGUGUUGACUUGAAAGCUUUCUUCUCAGCGUGCAAGCAUUCUGGCCUGUCCCCCGUACGCAAUAUUAUUGAGAUGAAUCACUCCUUGAAACUAGUAGUAUUAGUAAUAUUUUUGUUUAUCCCUGGCCAGUCGAUCAUCAGUCCUGUUGAGCCAUCUCCAGUAAACCCAUCAUCAACAGCCGGAGAAUUCCGGCCUGUAGAGCCAACCGAGUACAGGCUAAUUGGAAGAAAGGGAGAUGAUCGUGAUGAUGAUGAUUUGUGGAGAAGAAGACUAGCACCUUUCCAGCUGUGCUUGCUAUGCAAGUGUUGUGCUGGGGCGGCAACCACCAACUGUGCCACCAUGCCUUGCUGCUUCGGCAUCGAUUGCCAACUUCCCAACAAGCCUUACGGGGUUUGUGCUUUUGUACCUAAGACCUGUAAUUGUACCUCUUGUGCUACUGUCUAG